ACGUUAACCACCGAAGAACAGCGAACGUCCGAGUUUUCGGUACGUUGUCAUCGAUUCAAGCUCAGUCUUCUCCUCGAAUUCGUCGUCGUUGCUUCAGACUCACAUACACUUACGACGUCGUGCAUCCCGUUCAUAACCUCCAGACGUUUGAACCUUCCCGCACACAACUACGAUGAGCACCCCAGCCAUCAAGACAGAAAUAAAAGGUGAAGAGAUGACCGACGUACGGCCCAUGCCAGCCAUCGACGAGGAUGAGGACCUUGACCUUGAGCUGAGCGGCCUGAGAAAUAAUGCAUGGUUGGUAAAGGUACCACAACAGCUUUUUGAUAAAUGGAAGCAGGUUGGGCAGAUGGCAGAUGCGCAGGGCUAUACGGGAGAUCUGGAGGUCGGACAUCUGCAUUUGGCGGAUCCUACAGAUAUCAAAAAUAUCAAACUCUUCGCCCCAGAUACCCCAGAAUACGCCGAUAUCCCAAAUGAAUACAAGCUUACAGUGACGAACCAACACGUCAAGAACACCCUCAUAUUCAAUGAGAAGGCAUUGCCUGGACAUGGUGGGAAGUCUCAGACAUCAUCGAGACCGGAGACGGCUGGGGCUGGGGCAGGGGAUGUAUCGGAUGGGAGUAUAAGUAAACCAAGGGAUGCGGCACGACCAUAUUGGAAGCCUAUACCCAAGGAAACCGCCAUCAAAGGCCGCAUCGUCCACGAAUGCCAAGUGGGCCCCAUUAUGAAUGAACGAUACCGACGAGUCAUGAGAGCACGACAGCAACAAGUCCAAGCACAGCCGAAACGAGCUAUUGUAAUGUUGGAUGAGAAGCAUAAGCGGAGUGUGAAUUUGUUGGCGCCCGGGACGUUGGGGAAUGUGUCGCGGAUCUCAACAUUCUCGGCGCCACAGUCAAAGAAAAUCUCCCAAGACCAAAAAGCAGCCCGUAUCCCCCGCAACGAACUCAUGGACAAAAUCUUUACACUCUACGAACAGCGCGACAACUGGUCCAUGCGUGAACUACGUGAAAAACUGGCACAGCCGGAGGCGUAUUUGAAGGAGGUUUUGGAGGGGAUUGCGAGGUUGAAUAGGGCGGGGCCACAUCAUGGGAAGUAUGCAUUGAAGGCUGAGUUAAAGGAGAUGGCGAGGCAGGGGUUGAUGGGGAGUGGGGUAGGGUUGGGUGCAUUGGGGGGACAGGGAGGACAGGAGAGUGUCGGGGAGGACGACGCUAUGGAUCAGCAGUGAGAUGGUGUGGGUGACGAGACGUGCAAGCCGCGAGACACUGAGCGUCGAGACUCGAAGCAUACCGGCGUGGCAGAGGAAAGAGAGGAGAUUGGUUGCUCUGGUUCUGCUUAAGCCUAGCAUUAUGUUCGAUUUGCAUUGCUCUCUGAACAUGCAUUUUAUGAGCUCUCUGCAGCUCCCUGGUUUUGCUGUGCCACAAAAGCCUCCCUCAGCUUCUUCUUCUCUAACCGCCGUUGCUGUGCCUUCU